AUGAAAUACGUAUUGGCGUUGUGCUCAAUAGCCAUCUACUCUAUGAGACUUAUUGACACGUUAUUUUGUGAUUUCGGAAAUGCAGAUGAGAUACAUGUCAGCAAUGCUAUAGUUGGAUGCCAGAUGGAUACUGGCUACCUUCGCCAAGCAACUGUUAUAUGUCCACACCGAGUUAACGAUACGGACUACGUCUGGCAUCCUCAGCCGACUGUAGUUGAUCACGCUCGUAUCGAUGCUUAUGUGAGUGGUAAUGGAGUGUUUAGAUCCGUUGCUAUUUCCGACGUAAUAGUGACGGAAUCUUCAUUUUCCUUCGUUACUAUCGAUGUAAGACGAUCGGACACUGAACUACAACUCGAUUUCCCAUUCAACAAGUUGUUUGCCAUGACCGAGCGCCGUUUGAUAUUUAUAUGUGGCCCGCGAGAUUUGGUUCUGAGUGAUACAUUACAGCGCCACCUCGACAGUCUCAAUGGUUUUGGUCAAAUGCAAGCACUUCCUUGGACCUCUAAUAUACCCUUGGCUCAUGAAAUGUCGAAGAUAGGGCACGGAAUUGGGAUCUUUUUCUUAUACAGCGGAAGCACGCAUCUGCCACUUCAAGGCUGCGGUAGUCGCCCCUCGCCACUUUUUCACGCAGACAGUGAAGUAACAGUGGAUCCGUCACUGGAAUCCGUUCAUGCGUGGUGGAUCCAAUGUCGAAUUCACGUAUCGGGUUUCUCUGCGAGGCAAGAUUGA